AUGUCAAACAACGUGGAUUACGAUGAAGAGGAUGCCUUCCUUUAUGGCACCUUGGGAAACGAAACAACCACAGCGCAAGGAGAAGAGGAAGGUAAACAAAAUUCUGGACUUUCACCGUCAACCGCGUUCGUUGUAAAACAAGAAAUAUGUUUCGUUGUAUCUUUAUUACUAUUAGUUUUAAUUGUUGGUUUCAUUAUCUCUUAUGCCAUAGUGAAUCCUUCUUCCAACAAGAUAAAAAAUGAAGAGAUUGAAGAGAACUCUAAUAAAGAAUUAUUUUCUUUUGGUCAAUAUUUAACUGUCUUAUUUGAUCAUUUCACGUAUUAUCUGGAUCGUUUCGAUAAAAAUUUAUGUAUUGGCUCUCUCUCAUCAGACGACGAUCUCUUUGAUCUAUAUGGGGACGAGUCAAAUAAUGAAAUCAGUAAAGUGAAUGAAGACUCGGGACAAAUCGCAACAGAUUCGGUUGCAAUAAGCGAAGAUGAUAAUGAAAUUGGUCAAAUUUAUCAGGAGGAAAUACAGUCUAUUGAUCCUAUGGAACCGCUGGAAGAAAAUGAAAUUAUUAUGGACGCCGUGCCGCCACCGAAACCGACAGAUACCGGUACUAGAAAUCCACUGGUGAACAUAAAACCCAAUACAUUCAACAAAUCCAUUGGACCACAACGGCAUGAAGGAGGGCAAACGUCAUCAAGUCGAACUCCCGGAGUUGACAUUAAUGCUAUCGGAACAAUUGACGGGACCAGUAUAUAUGACGUUGAUUUAGAUUCGGUAGAAGAUAAACCUUGGAGAAAACCUGGUGCUGAUAUUACGGACUAUUUCAAUUAUGGAUUCAAUGAGUAUACGUGGAAAGCUUACUGUGCAAAACAAAAGCAAAUGAGAGAAGAUCAGCAUUCGCGUAAGAAAAUUCAUGUGUAUGAGUCUAAGCAAGAGAUAAAUAAUUUACCGCCGGAACUACAGUCCAUAAGUCAAUCCCAAACAGGACUGGAUCAUCCAAGAUUUCAACAACAGCGAGGACGAGGGCGCCGCGGAAGAGAUCAAGAUGACUCGGUGAUUCAGGUGGUCUCUAGUGAAAGAGAAGCAGCUUUGGAUGAACUGGAACCUCUUCCUCAGCCAACAAUUAUGGAUGGACCUCAAAACGAUGAAUAUGGAAUGGAAUCAGGUGGCUAUCCUCAAGAAUUUCAAGGUCCGCCCAUGGGUAUGGGAAUGUUCCCACCACCAGACAUACAAAUGGGUCCUCAUCCACCUUUUUUCAUGGGAAAUCCAGAAAUGCCACCAUCUGGUCCAAUGGGAUUUGAUCCCGCAUACCGAGGUGGUCAAGGGAUGCGCAACAUGAACAAUAUGGGCAAUAUGAUGCGCCCCACAGGGAUGCCAGGAGGUAUGCCUGGUAUGACAAACCGCAUGCCACCCACAAUGCCAGGUGGUGGCAUGCCUUCUGGUGGAAUGCCCGGAAUGCCACGGGGAAUGCCUGGAGGAAUGGUUGGAAGAGGUCGUGGCAUGGCAAUAGAAGAAAGGCCUUUCUUUUCCAUGGAUGAUCAAUCAUGGGAAAUGGAAAACCGCAAUACACAACCAUAUCGCCCCGUGUUUCAGGGUCGACCACCAACUGGCCCGAUGCAUGGUGCCGGGGUGAAUCGAUCGGAUUAUAAUGAUUGGGAGCAUUCCCCUCCACCUGAUGCACCAUUUGCACAUAGGUUACGACCGCCUUUCAGAUCCGGCGCACCACCGACCGGACCUGCCGAUCAUCGUGGACUCUCUGCGUCGGUAGAUAGCCCAAGUUCAGAUCGAGGAGAUGAAGAAAGAUCUGGCGAUAAUCGGAGUGCAUCAGGAAGUGCGGAGCGAACACAUUCAGGCGCAUAUGACCGAGAUAAUAGGAGUUAUCGCUCACGAGAAGACGAACGUUGGGAUGGUUCACGAAAACGAACCACUGGCGAAGCCCCUCGUGAUGAUGACGAAUUUCGGGCAAAACGAAGACAUUAA